GGAUGACGUGUAUGUCUGGGUCCUUCGGACUUCCGGGUGUGUGUAAACAGAUCGCAACUGGAGUCGCCUCGCCCAAAAGAUGUCUAAAGUAACGUUUAAAAUCACCCUGACGUCGGACCCCCGGCUGCCAUACAAAGUAUUAAGUGUCCCUGACAGCACACCAUUCACAGCAGUUUUGAAGUUUGCAGCCGAGGAGUUCAAAGUGCCAUCGGCUACCAGUGCAAUCAUAACAAAUGAUGGAAUAGGAAUCAACCCUGCCCAGACAGCGGGCAACGUGUUUCUCAAACACGGCUCAGAGCUCCGCAUCAUUCCCAGAGACAGAGUGGGAGGACAAGGAGACUGAUACAGCUUUUCCUCGUUGGGCGGCAAAAUGACUCACCCGGCAGAAUCAUAUAACACUUGAGACCCAGGAAACACCUCAGCUUGUGUCGUAUUUAUUUUCUGGCCCGCAACUGACAGUGACUCACAUGAGAAUAUACAGUAUACAUAUUUAAAGUUGAUGAUGACAUGCACACACUUGCAUGCUUCCUACUUCUUCAUUCUCGACCAAGUUCAUUUUCUCUGUAAGUGUUGUAGCAUCAAAAGGUUAACAUUGACAUCAAGAGUUUCCAGAGAUUCUUGGUCAUUUAUACACAGGCACAGCAGCUGCAUCAUGGGAAUAUUAGUGCUAUGAUUUGACAACUGAGUCAACAUUACUAGCUUUUCUAUCUUUCUAAAUGACAAUAAAUCAUCCAUAUGACUAACAGCAACUUACUGGCAAUGUUUGCUUUUGUCUUAACCAACAUGGUAAUGUGGUAAUAUAAGAAGUGAGCCCUUUUUUUUUAAAAGAAUAUGUACAACUUGCUCUGAAGUACUCUUGUCGUUAGAUUAGAUGGCUGUUGAUAUGCUUGUAAUUAUAUGUUUACUUUUUUAAUGUCAGGCUGUUAUCAGAUAAUAACUCCCUAAACACUUGAUAAAUAAAAAUGCUACAUGGA